AGCUCCGGGUCACCCUUCGUAGGUACACUCCGUCCCCGCGUCAACAGACCUACGGCACACAGGUCCGACAAUAUGGCGCGGCUAUAUUUAACACUGUGGUUUGCGGCUGCGUUAAGCUUACAAUCAGCCAAGGCUGAAGAAGGAUACAACUACGACAGACCCCAGAACCCACUACUUUCAGGACCUGGAGGAGCAACAGGCAGUACUUUCCGACCUGGAGCAUCUCCCACCGGACGUCCUCCCCAAGCUGACGAGUUUCCCUCUGGUGGCCCAGGCUCCGCUCCUGGAGGCUCCGGGUACAACUAUCCUCGGCCUACAGGUCCCGGAUCCUCUACCCCCGGUAGCCAAGGAGGUUUUCCUGGUUCAGCUCCCGGUUAUCCCUCGGGUCAAGGUAGCUACCCAGGCUCCACUCCAGGAGGAUUUGGCGGAACUACACCUGGAGGCUUUCAAGGAUCAACCCCUUCACCUGGAGCUUAUCCUGGAUCCCAACAAGGAGGCUACCCAGGAUCUACUCCUGGAUUCUCUAGUGGACCCUCUGGCUAUCCUUCAACCUCCAGUCCAGGUGGCACAACUCCAGGAUAUCAAGGAUAUCCUUCAGGACCAUCCCAAGGUGGCUUUCCCAGUAGCACUGCUAGACCAGGUGGCUAUCCUGGUCAACAAGCAGGGUUUGCCGGAUCGACCGCUGCAUAUCCUACUGGUGCUGGCCAAGGAGGUUCUCAAGUAGGCACAUCUCGUCCCGGCUAUCCUGGAGCUGCCGGAUCAGGCUACCCAUCAGGACCUCAAAGUGGAUUCCCUGGCUCAACAUCAUCAGCUGGAUAUCCAAGUGGACCUCAAGGAGGAUACCCAGGAUCUUCUACUGGAGGCUUCCAAUCCACAACCGCAGGCCCAACAGGUUAUCCGGGAUCUGGACAAGGAUAUCCUUCAGGACCAGCAGGUAGCCAAUUCCCAGGAUCUACUUCUCGUCCAGGUGGACAACAAAGCUUUCAAGGGACUACGCCAUCUUCCCAAGGAUACCCAGGUUCACAAGGAGGAUUCCCAAGCACGACAGCUAGACCAGCAGGAUACCCUGGUGCAACAGGUGGUCCUGGAGGGGCAUUUGCCGAUGAAUACCCUACUAGUGGAGGUGGACAACCUGGGUUUGGUGGUCAACAGGGAGCUGGAUUUCCAGGAAGCGGUUCUCAAGGAGGCUAUGGUGGAGUUGGAGCAGGAGGAUUUACUGGUGGAGUUGGAGCAGGAGGAUUUACUGGUGGACAAGGUGGGCAGUUCCCAACAGGAAGCACUGGUGGAUCAGGAGGACAAUAUUCUGGUGGACAAGGUGGGCAGUUCCCAACAGGAAGCACUGGUGGGCCAGGAGGACAAUUUACUGGUGGGCAAAGUGGACAGUUCCCGACAGGUGCUGGUGCUGGGGGAUCAGGAUCUCCUACUGGUGGAUCUGGGGGAGGACAAGCAGGUCAAUUUCCAACUGGAGGACCUGGUAGUUCUGGUGGUUUCCCAGGCCAAGCUGGGCGUCCUGGAGGCAGUGGCACUGGCGGUGCUGCUGGUGUAGGUGGUGAUGAGGACGAUGGAUCAUAUGACGAAGGAGAUUACUCAGCUAUUCCUGGUGAGCCAGGUACCGAUUAUCCCAUUUACUCAGAAAUCCCGGAAACAUCUUUUCGCUGUGAUCAACAACAGUUCCCAGGAUACUACGCAGAUGUCGAGACAAGAUGUCAAGUAUUUCACAUUUGUGCCAAUAACAAAACCUAUGACUUUUUAUGUCCAAACGGAACGAUAUUUCACCAAGAGUACUUCGUUUGUGUGUGGUGGAAUCAAUUUGACUGUGACUCCGCUCCAGGACUUUUCUCCCUCAACCAGAAAUUAUACGAUUAUUCAAUUGUAGGAUCUCAGCAACAAGGGGUUGGUGGACCUGCAGGACAGAGUGGUCAACAAGGACCUUUUGGAGGAUUCCCAGGACAGGUAGGACCACAGGGCCCAUCGGCUCAGUAUCCGGGACAAAACGGACCUCAAGGACCUUCUGCUCAGUACCCAGGCCAAACUGGUCCUCAGGGACCUUCUGCGCAAUACCCAGGUCAGACAGGACCUCAAGGACCUUCAGCCAACUACCCAGGUUCUACUGGUCCUCAAGGACCAUCUGCUCAAUACCCAGGCCAAACUGGACCACAAGGUCCCUCAGCCAAUUUCCCCGGACAAGUAGGACCUCAAGGGCCAACAGCAGGAUAUCCAGGAGCUACUGGUCCUCAGGGACCUUCUGCUCAGUAUCCAGGUCAGACAGGACCUCAAGGGCCUUCAACUAACUACCCAGGAUCAACCGGUCCUCAGGGACCAUCUGCUCAAUACCCAGGCCAAACUGGACCACAGGGUCCCUCAGCCAAUUUCCCCGGACAAGUAGGACCUCAAGGGCCAACAGCAGGAUAUCCAGGAGCUACUGGUCCUCAGGGACCUUCUACUCAAUAUCCAGGUCAGACCGGACCUCAAGGGCCUUCAUCCAACUAUCCAGGAUCUGCCGGACCACAAGGGCCUUCAGCCAACUACCCAGGAUCUACCGGACCCCAAGGACCUUCGGCAGGGUAUCCGGGUAGUGGUCCUCAGGGACCUUCAGCGGGCUACCCAAGUUCCGGGCAAGGUCCUUCUAGUGGAUAUCCAGGCACAGCUGGACCAUCAGGACAGUAUCCUGGAUCUCAGGGACCUACUGGUCCUUCAUCUCAGUAUCCAGGGUCGUCAACUGCUUUCCCGGGAUCCACAACCUCUCCCGGUUUCCCUGGACAGCGACCUCAGGGAACUUCACCUUUUCCCGGUCAGGGAACUUCGAGACCUCCCUUCGGCACAGCGGCUGAUGAGUACCCUGGUGGUCAGAGCCCCUCAUCUAAGCCCAACCGAGAGUAUCUUCCACCCUACAGAAGAUAAUCCUUGAGACACUAGCCAAACGAAUGUUACAAUGACUCGCCAGUACUUCUAUAAUGUUGUUGUAUUAUAUGUUGUAUACAAAGUAGCCUAGAAAAGUAGCUUACCUCUUGAAUGCUCUCUUCAACUCUUUAAAGUUUCUGAAAUUUUUCGUAGUACAUGCCUUUGUAGGAGUUCAAUGUUGUUUGUAUUUAAGAAAUCCUACUAGGUAACGAUAUUUGUGUGCCUUAAGUUAUUGUGUUUAGCUUUAAGUGCUUAUUGUUAAGAUGUUUUUAUAUAUUUUUGUAACAUAAAGUGUUCUCAUAGUGAUAUGUUUUGAGAAAUAAACUACCAUUUUGUAAUAA